CGAAUCUCUCUGCUCGCGCUCACUCCUCUGCUCGGCACGGCGACGCUCUGCACGGCUGCCCCGAGUCGACGCGCAAGCAAUGCCGUCCACUUACGAGCCCCUUGCGCAGGAGGGUGACGACGUCUUCGGCACUGCGCCGUCGUCCUCCGCAGUCGUUCACCCCAUCCCAAUCAAGCCCGAGACGUACUAUGGGGAAGGACCGUUCGAUCCACCAAGCUCAGACGACGAAGCCGAUAGCUUCUUGGGAAAGGAGGAUGAGCGUUCUGGUCGUGCCAUUGAGGCCGAAGGCAACCUCGUCGUCGGUAGUCGGAAAAAACGUCCGGCUUCCGUCAAAUUUCUGGUCAUCUCGCUGGUCUCUCUGGUCUCUAUCGCCAUUAUUAUAGGCAUUUUCGCCGCGAGGUCAUACACCGGCACUGCGUUCCGUAUACAGCAGGGUGUACAGCAUCUCACUAUGGAUCAUAUGUUCAACGGCACCUUCUCUGCGCAAAGUAAAAGCGUCCUCUGGGUCCCUGAAGCGGGAGACGGCGUAUUUGCGUCCGUUCAAGGGAACGUGAUCUCCCUUGUCGAUCUCAAGUCGAAUUCCACACAGGAACUGGUCUCUUUGAUGGACCUGAGAGAUGAACGCGGAAACAUCCUUGCAUGGGCUGGCUGGAAGUUGUCAUCAGACAUGAAAUAUCUGCUUGUGAAGACUGAUUACAAGAAGCAAUGGCGGCACUCGAGCUUUGGCAACUACUAUGUUCAUGAGCUCGCCACAAAGCGGACAUGGCCGCUGACUCCACCCACCUACCCACCGAUCACAUCAUACGCUGAGUGGUCCCCUACCGGUGAAUCUAUAGCAUACGUUGUGAACAAUGACCUCUACGUUGUCCCAUCGGCAUCCGACACCGGUUCCUCGGUACGAGUCACUACCUCAGGGAAUGCGUCCCUCUUCCAUGGAGUGCCCGACUGGGUCUACGAGGAAGAGGUUUUCUCCGCCGAUUAUGCGCUCUGGUGGGCACCCGACGCUUCGAAGGUUGCGUUCCUCCGCUUUGACGAGACCGCCGUGGACGAGUACACCUUCCCGGUGUACAACCCGACCGAGAACGCGAACACCGUCGUGCCCUAUCCAGAAACCGUCGUUAUGAAAUACCCGAAACCAGGAUACAACAACCCGCUCGUAUCUGUACACGUAUUCCAGCUGGAUGAGUACCUCGAUGUCAUCGGUGAGCUCGGCAGCGGGGCGAAUAGGACAACAGUCGCACAGGGCGCGACGCUGGAGCUGCGCUGGGAUGGGAGACAGGCGCCGACAAACAGCAUCAUCUCCGAAGUUGCGUGGGUGAGCAACAGCUCGUUGCUUGUGCGCGAAGUGACGCGCGCGGCGGAGAACGGGAGCGUAGUGUACUUCGACCUCAGUUCGACGCCCGCGAACGUCGGGAGCAUUGUCCGCAAGCUUGGUAAGGAGGGCGAGCAAGGUGACGAUGGCUGGAUCGAUGCUGUCCAAGCCAUCUAUCCGAUUUCCCCUUCGCUCUCGCCUGACGGCGCCCCCGCGUACCUCGACAUCGUGCCCACGCCCGAGGGCUACAACCACAUCGCGCUGUUCAGCCCUGCGAACUCGAGCACCCCGCGCUUCCUCACCUCCGGGCCAUGGGAAGUGACAUCCGGGAUCCUUGCCGUCGAUGCCGCGCGCGGGCUCGUAUACUUCCAGGCGGCGAACCCCUCCUCCAUACAACGCCACGUGUUCUCCGUACCACUCCCCAAGCUCGUAAAGGAAGCGCAGGCGACGGUCACCGCGCUGACUGACACGUCGAGCCCGGGGUACUACGAUGCGAGCUUCUCGCCAGAGGGCGCGUUCUACCUUCUCAGCUACAAAGGCCCGCAUGCGCCGUGGCAGCGGAUCGUGCACGUCGGAGACGCAGACUUCGACUACGUGUUGACGGAGAACCCGCAGCUGAACGACACGCUCGCACAGUAUGAACUACCCAUCGUCACGCAUUCCACCAUCGAGAGCGAUGGCUACGAACUGAACGUGCUCGAGCUGCGUCCGCCGCGUAUGGACGACUCGGGCCGGACGAAAUACCCUGUCCUCUUCCGCGUGUACGGCGGGCCGGGCUCGCAGAUGGUCGACGUGCGCUUCGCGCAGGACUGGCACGCAUACCUCGUUGCGGAGCUGCAGUACAUUGUUGUCGUCGUCGAUGGGCGCGGUACGGGCUUCCGCGGGCGCGCGCUGCGCAACCCGGUGAAGAACAACCUCGGGCGCUGGGAGACCGUCGACCAGAUCAACGCGGCGAAGAUCUGGGCCGCGAAGGAGUAUGUCGACCCGAAGCGCAUCGGGAUCUGGGGUUGGUCGUACGGCGGCUUUAUGAGCUCUAAGGUUCUCGAAGCUGAUGCAGGGGUUCAUUCGCUGGCCAUGGCCGUUGCACCUGUGACGAGUUGGCGACUAUACGACUCGAUUUACACCGAGCGUUACAUGAACUUGCCCGCGGUCAACCCGGACGGGUACGUGACCGCGUCGAUCUCGAACGCCACCGGCUUCCACAACGCGGACUUCCUGCUCGCGCACGGAAGCGGGGAUGACAACGUGCACUACGCAAAUUCCGCGCACCUUCUCGACAUGCUCACCGCUGAGCGCGUGCGCGAUUUCCGCUUCCGCAUGUUCACAGACAGUGAUCACAGUAUCUACAAGCGGGGCGCGAACAGGGAACUGUACGAGUUCAUGACCGAGUUCUUGCUCGAGAAGUGGGGCAAGGGCGGCAAGCGACGCGGAUGGUAAUACUCGUUGACCAUGAGACUGAUACUUAUUAGCCUAGACAUGAUACCACACAGAUUAACUAUACUGUAACAUAUUGAUCGUCGUCGGACACUACCGCUGCAAGAUAAUCCCAAUAUCGA